UUUCUCCUCUUUCUCUUUCUCUCUCUCUAUUGAAACGCAACAACGCAAACUAACAACAACCACCACCACCACCACAACAACAACGUUUGUGUCUGGUCGUGUUGUGUUGUUAGGGAUUCAUGGCAACAAUAAACCCUUGAUUCCUCUCCCCAUUCUCCCAAGAGAAGGGCCAUUUUGUUACAGUGUUGGACACUUGCAAAUGGAUUUAGAAGACAAGUUCCUCGCUAAAGGGAGGGUUCUGGGUUCUAGUGCAGGUGCUCUAGCUACUGCUGAUUGAUGCAUACAUGAUAAAUAGGUGCUAGAGCAAGAAUGAGACCGAAUGGACGAAGAGUAGCAACAUAUGCUCAGCUUUGAUGUUAAAUAUAUACAAUUGGGGCCAUGAUUUUGUUUGGGAAAGGAAAUCAAAUAGGCUCUGUUGAAGAUGAUUAGGGUUACCCUAAUCUGAACCAUGGUAGUCACAAUUACAUGCUGAGUCAUAGAAUGCACGAUUUUACACUCCCUACAUGAGUUGGUGUGAGCUCAGACUCACAAAUCUGCAGCACUGCCACACAGAAUCGUAGAGUUUUUGAUUCUACUUGGCAAGUCAGGCUCCAAAUUGUUUUGGCCAUUCUAGGAUUCUGCAAACCUAAGCCCGUAAACCCAAGCCCAUAAAUCAAGUGCUCACUAACCCUAACACCAAGAACCUAGAAGCAUCUACUGAGAGAACCGAGAAACACAAAACAACUGUUUGUCUCCAUCUUCAACCUCUCGCAACCCUCCCUCAAGACAAAAUAUGGAUGAGGAUGUUCUUGCUGUGCCACAUCUAUAUGAGGAUCAUCUUGCUAAUAUGGUUGAUGAAGGAGAUGUUUCUGGUGUUCAAAGCCUUUCAUCCAGUGCACAAAGUACUCCAGAAAAAAAUGGCCAUUCAGAUGAUGCUUCAAGAAGUUCAGAACUUCUUCAGGAGUUCCUAAAAUCUGGUCCUAAGAAGGAAAUUUUACGAACUUGCUUUGAUAAGGACAAAAAGAACAUUUCUUCAAAAAGCAGGAUGGCUGAAACCAAGUCAACCAGUAAGAUUGUCAAGAAACAGGACUCAAAAAAAGUUUCUGGUAUCAGCAAUCAGCCUUCUAGGAAGCAACAUCGCAAAGGAGAAAACCCGGUGCGGUUCGUACCAACUCCUGACCCACCUAGUGAUUUUGGACAUUCAAACUCUUGGAUCUGUAAGAAUUCUGCCUGCCGAGCUGUUCUCUCUAAAGAUGACACAUUUUGUAGAAGGUGCUCUUGCUGUAUUUGCCACCUUUUUGAUGAUAACAAGGAUCCUAGUCUUUGGUUGGUAUGCACAUGUGAAUCUUCUCAAGGGGACUCUUGUGGGUUGUCUUGCCAUAUUGAGUGUGCUCUUCAACAUGAAAAAGUAGGAGUUGUUGAUCAUGGACAACUGAUGCAACUAGAUGGUGGUUAUUGUUGUGCAUCCUGCGGUAAAGUUACUGGGAUACUUGGAUGUUGGAAGAAGCAGCUAAAUAUAGCAAAAGAUGCCCGGCGUGUAGAUGUACUAUGCUACAGAAUAUAUUUGAGCUACAGGCUUUUGGAUGGUACUUCAAGAUUUAAAGAAUUGCAUGAAAUGGUAAAAGAGGCAAAGGCUAAACUGGAAACUGAAGUUGGUCCAGUUAAUGGGGUUUCUGCCAAGAUGGCCCGUGGGAUUGUCAGCAGACUCCCUAUUGCCAGUGACGUACAAAAACUCUGCUCUCUUGCUAUUGAGAAAGCUGAUGAAUGGUUGGCCACUGUUCCCAAUGUACAUCCAGAAUCCAGAGAGGGUUCUCUUCCUGCUGCAUGCAAGGUUGUGUUUGAAGAGGUAACAGCUUCCUCAGUCAAAAUCAUUUUAAUUGAAAUGUCAAAUGCAUCUUCUGGGGACGUUAAGGGAUACAAGCUCUGGUAUUACAAGAGUAGGGAGGAGUCGCACACUAAAGAUCCCGUUUCUGUGUUUCCCAAAGCUCAGAGAAGGAUUUUGAUAUCCAACCUCCAGCCUUGCACAGAAUAUACAUUUCGGGUUGUAUCUUUUACAGAUAUGGGUGACCUGGGUCAUUCUGAGGCCAAGUGUUUCACCAAGAGCAUUGAGAUAUUGGAAAAGAAUUCAUCGUCAUCAGUUGCCAUGAAUAAAAAAAAGGAGAACCUUCAAACUGAAUGCAAUUCUUCUGGCUCCAAAAUGGAGCCCAAUCCCACAAUGGAAGACUCUGGAUUUAAGGUUCGAGACCUUGGGAAAAUUUUGCAUCUUUCUUGGGCUCAAGAACAAGGCUGCUCUGAGGAAUUUUGCUGCGCUGACAAGAGAAAAUGCUGUGGGCAAAGUGAAACAAUCAAGCCUACCAAUCCACAAGAGCUGUUGCCUUCAGUUUCUCGUGACCUUGAUCUAAAUGUUGUUUCGGUGCCUGAUUUAAAUGAAGAGCUUACACCUCCAUUCGAGUCUUCUAGGGAUGAAGAUAAUGGUUGCACUUUGCAGCAGGCUGUUGAGGCAGAUGAUGAUGCUGCUUCGCAUGAUUUAGAAAAAAAUUUAGCAAGAUCACACGGUAGUGGUGGUUCCCAAACUUGGAACCAUGGACCUACUGGUGAAGUUCCAGCAGUUGACUCUCGUGGAGAUGCAUGUAGGAAGAGGGUAGCAAGCACAAAUGAAGAGACACAUGAUUGUGACAGCACUUUGAUAAAUGAUUCUCCUUUACGUGCAUCUGAUGGUCCAUUCUCCUUAGAUGAGAACUUUGAGUAUUGUGUGAAAGUAAUUCGCUGGCUAGAAUGCCAGGGUCAUAUCAAGCAGGAAUUUAGGUUGAAAUUGCUGACAUGGUUUAGUUUGAGGUCGACAGAACAAGAACGUCGGGUGGUAAAUACUUUCAUUCAAGCUCUGAUUGAUGAUCCAAGUAGUUUGGCAGGGCAACUAGUUGACUCAUUUUCUGAUAUUAUAUCCAACAAGAGGCCAAGAAAUGGGUUCUCUAAUAAGGCUGUGUCAUCAAGUUAAGGCUGUGGAAUCCUGUUACCCGAGAUCCCUAUUUGCUUCAAGACUAGUACCAUUUCAAAACUACAAAUCACCCUGAUUGUUUCUGCCUUGUACAUGCAUUUUUUAUUACUCACCGCAAUUCAAUUUAUUGGGACAAGUUUUUGUCCUGCUAAAAGGAUUUGCAUUGAUGAUUGCGCAGACAGUAACUCAUUCAUCCUUGAAGGGAAGAAGGAUCUCUGGACAUGAAGUCUCAGAAUGUUGAAGUCAAUUUGCUAUUUACUAAGUUACUGCAAUUAUUUGUCAAUUAUGAAUUUAGUCAAAGUAGAUAUUAGUGUUGAACUUUCUUUUAAUUACUUUCAUCAUUUGACAAGCAACAUUGUGAUGGCUGAUUUUAUUCAUCCCGUCAUUCUUUUGAUUUC